AUGACACCGCUACUGUCAGCCAGUGUGACUGGUCACACAAACAUUGUGGACUUCCUUACUCAGCACCCACAGACCAGUAAGAGAGAGCGUAUCAAUGCCCUGGAACUUCUUGGAGCUACAUUUGUUGAUAAAAAACGGGACCUUCUUGGUGCCUUAAAGUAUUGGAAGAGAGCUAUGGAUAUGAGAUACAGUGAUAGGACUAACGUCAUCAGCAAGCCUGCUCCACAGGAAUUAAUAAUGGCAUAUGAUUAUGCCAAGGAAGUAAAUACUGCUGAGGAGCUAGAUAACCUUAUUGCUGACCCUGAUGAGAUGAGAAUGCAAGCUCUUUUAAUUAGAGAACGAAUUUUGGGCCCUUCGCACCCAGAUACAUCUUAUUACAUCAGGUAUCGGGGUGCAGUCUAUGCCGACUCUGGGAACUUCAAGCGAUGCAUCAAUCUUUGGAAGUAUGCAUUGGACAUGCAGCAGAACAACCUGGAUCCUUUAAGUCCAAUGACAGCCAGUAGCCUGUUGUCAUUUGCUGAGUUAUUUUCCUUCAUGCUUCAGGAUCGGGCUAAAGGAUUGCUUGGUACUACAGUUACAUUUGAUGACCUUAUGGGUAUACUGUGUAAAAGUGUACUGGAGAUAGACCGAGCGGUCAGACAAGCGUUGAUGCCUCCCGACCAAGUCCAGUUAAACAAGGCCCUCUCUAUAAUUUUGCACUUGAUCUGUUUGCUGGAGAAAGUUCCCUGCAGCCCAGACCAAGAGCAUUUCAAAAAGCAGAACAUUUAUAGGUUCCUUAAGCUGCAACCCAAAGGUAAAAAUAACUUUAGCCCUCUUCACCUGGCUGUGGAUAAGAACACCACUUGUGUCGGCCGCUACCCUGUUUGCAAAUUCCCUUCUCUUCAGGUGACCGCCAUCUUGUUGGAGUGUGGUGCUGAUGUUAAUGUCAGAGACUCUGAACAGAACAGUCCACUACAUGUUGCUGCUCUCAACAACCACCCGGAUAUUAUGAAUCUGCUUAUAAAAGCCGGGGCACAUUUUGACUCUACAAAUUCGCACAACCAAACUGCCUGUGAUUUGCUGGAUGAGAAGGAAAUGGCAAAGAACUUAAUCCAGCCCAUCAACCACACCACUCUGCAGUGUUUGGCUGCACGUGUGAUUGUCAAACAUAAUAUAACCUACAGAAAGCAAAUUCCUGAGAAGCUGGAGAGCUUUGUUUUGCUUCAUAGAUGA